UACGGACAAUUUGCAUUGAUUAUCUCGGGAGUGAGGCCGGUAUACACACCCCCUGAUACCCCGAGCCUAAAUUGCUGAUAAGUACGGUGUGAUGGCGAUCAUGACUACCAAACGUGGCAACCAGCAUUUCUAUCAUACAGCGCCCUUUCUCUUGAUGAUUUUUACUGCACUUCGACCAACUCGCUGCGCUCGGACGUCCAUCUCCAGAAAGCCAUGGUGCGGCAGUUUGGGGCCGCAAACUGUCAAGAUUCCACGUAUGAUCUCCCGGCCGAUCAACCGAAAACUUGAUAGUGACAACGCAUCUACCGCAUUCCCCACAAGGAGCUUCAAGUCAGUCAAGCGGUGACUCCCAAAUGGCUACCCCCCG